CAUUUCGCAACAACACAUUUGACGCAAUUGGACACCACCACCACCAUCAUCAUCCUGCGCUCUGCGUGAGGUAGGUCGCGACAGAAACCCGGGCGGGGUUGCAUGUAACUUGAACAUUGGCUAACAACGGCGCACACAGACGAAAAAAAAAGUGAUAAAUAAAUCGUAACCUCCACCGACUGUCUGGUGCGUUAGAACAAAGAACCGAUGCUGCUGCUGCUGCUGCUGCCUCUGCUCCGACCUAGAUUGAUAGAGACCGCAAAAAUAAGCAAAAGUAAGAGAAAGAUUGUAAAAAUAACAGUAACAAGAUAGACGGGGGUUUUCUUGCUGUUCCUGUUCUACCGAGUUUUCUUGUUUGCAGUUCGACUGGGCAGUCUGGGAGUCAGCUCAAUUACUGACCUGCGCAGCAAGAAAGCUUUUGCUUCGUAUCAUUUACCGUUUUACCGUAUCGCACUGGUCAAUGUAACGAUAUUUCGUUUAGAAAAGAGAAUAAUUGCUGAUAUCGACACAUAAAAGCAAAAAUCUCUAUUUAUCAGCUUGAAUUCCAUAGAGUACCUAUUUUCCCCUAAAACGUGAAACAUACUUCACCCAUCGAAAAUGGUCUCUUCAGAAAUGGAGCCCUCUCUCCUUCGCCCUCUGAGGAAUCUUUUCACCAAACUUUAUCACCUUGAAAUAGCAAUGCUGGGUGGAAGAGGCGUAUCAUAAGAUCUUUAUACGAAAUGUACAUUAAACAGUAAUUAAUGAUAGGCAUUGUUCGAUUGGCGGACGCAAAAAUAAGGACAAAAAAUGCCGAAACUGCGUUCCUCGCUAUGAUAAGAAUGUAUCGAGUGAACCAAAGAUUGGCCCCGACGUGGUGCUAUCGUACAAUUUCGGCAGAAAUUAAUUUCCACCCAAGUUGGGUGCUGUGUGGUGCCCAAAUUAUUGGGCAGAAUGGCUGGAAAGUGGGUGUGUUUUGCACUUUUGAAACUGUGUCCUCCUGUGUAGAUGUGUAGAAGAGUGUAAAAGGUACGAAUAUCUCGCCCGACCUUCCUGGAUGAUGGAGCUACAGAAUCAACUGUAUCUGAUGAUAGCGGUGUUUGGGGGUAUGAUCGCUCUGCUGUUGGUGCUUACGGUUAUGCUCGCUGUGUACGUGAAGAAAACGCGAACACUUUUGGAGGAUUACCGGAUGGGUCAAUCCGCAGAUGCGUCGUCAUAUCCGAGCGGAAUGAUCGAUGCAGGCGAUAGGCGAGACCGAAGACGGAUGGACAACACGGCGGCAGCCCAGCAUGGUGGUUACCCGAUGGACGUGUUUGCCCAUGGCAUGGGACCCAAAAUCGAUCAAACGAAAGCACGCAACGAUUACAUGAACAAUGCGAGAAACAUCCACGGCAAUCGACAUCAUCACGCUGGCCCGUAUCGAAAUGAUGUGGAAGCGAUGGGGGGAUACAUGGGCGGGAAACGGGGUGGUGGUGGUGGUGGAGAGAAGCCACCGAAAGCCAACCAGCCCCACAAGCCACCCCGCAGCCAGGCCAGCGUGGAAGACUCGGCGCUCGAGCUGGAGGUGGCCAACAUCUUCGACAUGGACGAGCUGGAUGAGGAGGAUCUGUCCGACUUUAACAGUGGCCCGAGCGGGCACGGCGACGCCAAGGACACCCGCUACAUGGCGAAUGGGGGAGCGGACGGGGCGACCGGCAGAUCGAAGGGCCGGCCGGGCAGCGGGCAUCACCAGUACGAUCGGGAAAUGGGCCGGAACGGAGCCCACAUCGAAGGUCGCAGCAAUCGGUUCCAGAACCCUCACGCCAAGACCAAGGGCGGUGGAAAUGGGCGGGGCUUUGGGCCCGGUGGGGACGAUGGGGCGGGCGGCAAGCAGAAUCAGGGAUACUACAACGAUAGGGGCACCAUGUACUGAUAAGCGUGUGUGACAUUGUGCGUCGGCAGAUGUGGCCAGUUGUUGUUUGUAAGUGCGAUACACCAUUUUACACGUUAUAAAUAUGUGGCAGUUCGCUUUUGUUA